AGAGAUAGAGAUAGAGAUAGAGAUAGAGAUAGAGAUAGAGAUAGAGAUAGAGAUAGAGAUAGAGAUAGAGAUAGAGAUAGAGAUAGAGAUAGAGAUAGAGAUAGAGAUAGAGAUAGAGAUAGAGAUAGAGACAGAGAUAGAGAUAGAGAUAGAGAUAGAGAUAGAGAUAGAGAUAGAGAUAGAGAUAGAGAUAGAGAUAGAGAUAGAGAUAGAGAUAGAGAUAGAGAUAGAGAUAGAGAUAGAGAUAGAGAUAGAGAUAGAGAUAGAGAUAGAGAUAGAGAUAGAGAUAGAGAUAGAGAUAGAGAUAGAGAUAGAGAUAGAGAUAGAGAUAGAGAUAGAGAUAGAGAUAGAGAUAGAGAUAGAGAUAGAGACAGAGAAAGAGAUAGAGAUAGAGAUAGAGAUAAAGAUAGAGAUAGAGAUAGAGAUAGAGAUAGAGAUAGAGAUAGAGAUAGAGAUAGAGAUAGAGAUAGAGAUAGAGAUAGAGAUAGAGACAGAGAUAGAGAUAGAGAUAGAGAUAGAGAUAGAGAUAGAGAUAGAGAUAGAGAUAGAGAUAGAGAUAGAGAUAGAGAUAGAGAUAGAGAUAGAGAUAGAGAUAGAGAUAGAGAUAGAGAUAGAGAUAGAGAUAGAGAUAGAGAUAGAGAUAGAGAUAGAGAAAGAGAUAGAGAUAGAGAUAGAGAUAAAGAUAGAGAUAGAGAUAGAGAUAGAGAUAGAGAUAGAGAUAGAGAUAGAGAUAGAGAUAGAGAUAGAGAUAGAGAUAGAGAUAGAGAUAGAGAUAGAGAUAGAGAUAGAGAUAGAGAUAGAGAUAGAGAUAGAGAUAGAGAUAGAGAUAGAGAUAGAGAUAGAGAUAGAGAUAGAGAUAGAGAUAGAGAUAGAGAUAGAGAUAGAGAUAGAGAUAGAGAUAGAGAUAGAGAUAGAGAUAGAGAUAGAGAUAGAGAUAGAGAUAGAGAUAGAGAUAGAGAUAGAGAUAGAGAUAGAGAUAGAGACAGAGAUAGAGAUAGAGAUAGAGAUAGAGAUAGAGAUAGAGAUAGAGAUAGAGAUAGAGAUAGAGAUAGAGAUAGAGAUAGAGAUAGAGAUAGAGAGAAAGAAGAUAGAGAUAGAGAUAGAGAUAGA